AUGGAAAAGGAGAAAGCAGAUGAUAGACCUUCUGUAUCACUUCUUUUUUACGAUUUCUUAGGGUAUACUACAGUACACGGUGCAGGAAGAGUUGUAGCCUCUGGCCACUGGAUCAGAAAGUUAUGCUGGGGUUUACUGAUUUUGGGAACGCUGGGAUUUUUGACGAUGCAGAUUCCAAAUCUCUAUCAGAUGUACAGAGAACGUCCUCUUGCUACUCGAGUGGCUAUAGAACAUGACACGGUAAUGAAUCGCCUUUUUUUAAAAUUUUUCCUUAAACUUAAGCAGCAAAGGGGUUAGUCGGUUACAUGAUAAAAAUGGUACGAGUUUUUCAGUCAUGCAUUACUUUGAUGAUCAACUUGUUUAAAACAACAUGAUGUGGGCGAAUUUCUGAUGUAAGAAUUCGAAAGAAAAAACAAACACACACACACUCACACAAGCAAAAACAAACAAAGUUUUAAAAGCUUUAUAUUACAUUCAUGAUUAUUAAUGAAGUGUUCAAGCCGUUCCGAUUUCUAUAACCGUUAAUCAAGUGCAAAUUUGUUGUAGCUUAAUUCAAGGUAUUAGGCACCACAAAUUGCUGUGCUUCAUAACAUCAAGAAAUGAAGUACUCAAUACAACUCAUUGUUUUGCAAAUGCAGCCUCAGGUAUAUGGCCAGAAAAUAAAAAUAAAAUUAAAAAAUAAGAAAAGUCAUGCUGGGAUAUUAUGGUAUCGCCCCAUGUAAGAUAAUCUAAGACAGUCUUGGAUUCUAGAUUCCGGAUUUUUUGUCAAUGGAACUUCAGUGGAUUACUGAUUCCAAUCAUUACUACGGUCCGGUUAGUUGAGCUUUAUUCCGGACUCCAAAACCCAGGAUUUCAGAUUCCACAAGAAAAAUUCCCAGAUUCCAGAUUCCACAAGAAAAUUUUCUGGAUUCCGGAUUUCACGAGCAAAAAUUUUCCCGAUUCUUUUACAGUUGCCAUGGGAUCGCAUUGAAAAAAAAUAAUUUGUCCAUAUCCGUUUUAAUUCUCUCAGAGUCUCAACUUUCCUUCCAUAACAAUAUGUGACAUGAAUCCCUUGAGAAAAGACGACGUACAAGAAUACUUGCCAGAAUCACUGAAGAACAUAUUAGAGAGUGGUUAGUAGACCGGCUUUAGAUCAUUAUUUCAUACUUGAGCUGUUUUUGUUAACUGACGUUGUCGCAAUUGCUUUAAUUUGUUUUGAGCUGAUUGGUUCACAAACCACGAGACAUUUUCCUAGCCAAUCAUAUCAGAUGUAAGACCAAUCCCAAUCCUUGCAACCCCCCCUCCCCCUCCAAUGAAUAAAUGUCCCCGCAUCCCUACGCGUGCACGGUACUGAUAACGUUGGUUUGAUUGAUUUUUUUGAGCUUUUUUGUCAUCUUCCUCAUUGUAGUUACUUCGAUUUGUGCUUUGCAACAGUGUACUGAGAACUAAUCACAGCCCCCUGGUAUUUAGUUUGAGAUAUAAAGGCAUAUAAAGGUUUACUAUGCAUGAUCAAUCUAAACUUAGAGAUGGUUUUAAUCAAAUUAAAGCUCACUAGCUCAGCAUGAUCUCACCAGUUUCUCAGUUCGUGGUGGGGUGGUACGGCUGGGAUUUGAACUCACGGCCUCCCGCUUAGGAGACCGGCCGGCGCUCUUCCAAUUGAGUUAACUGGCCGACGGUUAUUAAUAAAAGCUAAACUUUUACUGAAGAACAAUUUGAACAGCGGUGAAUCAGAACAUAAUGAAAAGAGGGUCUUAUUUUCCGACGUUGUCCGCUUCAAUUACCUGUCAAAAGACCUUUCAAUUGUAGCAGUUUUUAAAUUUUUCGCUCGUUAAUUAAUUAUUCCUGAAAGCUUAAGAACAACUUUUUUUUUCAAUAAAAUUGAUCUCUCGAGCUGAAGGGGGAAUGAACUAUUUUCCUUGAAAUUCUGUUUCAUCCGACGCAUAUCUCAAACCCUAGUUAUCUUAUUUAACAAUUAAUGAAUGAGUCGAGGCUGAGUAUCUUAUGAAGACAGUAUUGAGAUCGAGGAUGUUAUCCGUCGAGGCCAUAGGCUGAGGCGGAUAACACCCUCCGAGAUCUCAAUAAUUCUUCAUAAGAUACUCAGCCUCAUUCAUUAAUUGUUAAUUAACAAGGGUAUAGAAUACACUUACAAUAUGAUUAAUUUCAGGAGCUGAGGAGGACGAUGAAAAUGAAGAGAAAGAAGAGAAAGAAAAACAGGAGGAAAAAGAAGAGGAGGAAGAUGAAGAUGAAGACGGCGACCCAGGAACUUUAGAGAAAGAAUACCUUAACAGGGAAUUCUUGCGCAUGGAAAUUUCCAAACAUAAAGUUCACGAUUUAAUGGGCGUGGGUCAUCAGUUUGAAGAGUUCGUUGUCCAUUGCACAUUUAAAGGCGUGUUUUGCGGGUAAGUGACUUAUCUCUAUUUACCCGAUCGCCACACCUCGAGUUCAGCCGCUCGUUUUAGCGUUGCCUGUUUGAAAACAAGUCAUUUCUACUUCCAGCAUCAUUAGUUAACAUUUAAAGUGCCUAAGUAUAACGUAAAAAUUCUUUAAUUAAAAGUAGAUGAAUAUUACAAAAAAUUAGCCUUGCCAAUAAGUCUACUAAUGCUCUCUUUCAAGGAAUUACUCGAGUUCGUUCUGGAGCCGUUUCUGGCAUUACGCUUACGGGAACUGCUUUGUAUUCAACGGAGGAAAACCGGAAACAGGAAGAAAUGCCAAGAUAUUUAAAUCAAACCAGCCUGGUCCGUUACAUGGUAAAUAUGAGUUAUCAUGCUAAUUUUAGAAAUUUUAACAAUUACGACAGUAUAGGGCUUUGAGAGGGAAAACUUUAAUGUUUUGGAUAGGUGGUCGCUUAUGGGAGGUAGUCGCUUACAAGGGGUGGUCGCGCAUAAAGGUUGGACUGUAUAAAAAAUUCGAUGAAAUAGAAGCCCGUCAGAAGUAUCAGAAGGGUCCGGUACUGGGGAACUUUUAUUACUUAAGUUUGUCUCUAAGUUAUUCCUUAGAUCUGGAUGUAGAAGAAGACGUUACAAAAGUUCUCACUUGUCAUCGGCCAAACGUAGUUAAUCGAUAAGCCGAUAAUCGAUAUCAAUCGAUAGUAAUCGAUAUUAGUAAAAUCCAACUAGUGGUCUAUUAUCAAUGCUGCGUUCUGAUUGGUUGAGCUACUAAUAGGCUAUAUGUUAUAGCCCACUAAUAGCAAAAAGCGCCGGCUUUUUGGCGACAUAAAAGGACUAAAGUCUAGCUUUAACUAACUAAGGUUGUUUUGUCUCGAUAUUUUUGACCAACUAGUUGGAUUUUACUAAAACUACUGUGACUUCGAUUAAUAUCGAUGAUUUUUCUAUGGAAAUCAAUAAUGAUUUUUAUCGAUUAUUAUCGAUUCCCAUCGAUUGUUAUAGAUUUUGUUAAUCGAUAAUAAUCGAUAAAUAAUUUUUUCUGUAACUUCGAUUUCUAUCGAUUUCCGUCUGGCAUUGGGCGAAACUAAUGAUGAGACCUGGAAUGCUCGUGAACUUUAACCCAUUUUGGAGGCAUCCCUCUCCUUUUUUCGUCAAAACGCUAGAAGGUCAUUUUACAAACCAAAGUCCACGCUAAAAUCCUAAAAUUCACCGUCUUUGAAUGACGAGUUUUCGGCCGUCUAAAAAAUAUCGACAAGAGAGAAUAAUGUAUUAUAAUGGGAUAGAGAAAAAAACGCCCUGAGUCAAGCCCUUGGGACUGAUGUGAAUUCACCAAAGUUAUUUUUUGACCAAUUUUAAUUGGUUUAAAAACGAUAGAAUUAAUCGGAAGUUGGUUUCCGGAGAGGUCUACAAACUUUUAUUCAGAGCUGUCAAGAGAAAAUUCAACAGUCGCCAUCACAAUAUUGUUAUCCCUAAGAUUCCCAAUAUACUCACGAUCUCGAUCUCGACCAUCGAUUGGAAGCGCACAGAGAGUGAGUGAUCCCGCUUUUCCAACCCCCCCCCCUUCGCUUUCCCCCUUCCCUUUUGAAAAAACGUAGCAGCGCCCUGAAGUCAGUUUUUAAUUUUGCUUCUUUUUAGGGUUAAGUCUUGAGCUGAAUAUUGAGCGGGGACAAUAUAUUGGAGGGAUAACACAGGAAGCUGGAGUUAGAGUUGACAUCUCAAAUCAGGGAGAAAUGCCAUUUCCUUUCGAAAAGGGAUUAAGUAUUGCACCAGGAUAUGCGACAUCGAUAGGACUGCGAAAGGUUUGCUUAAAAGGGACUAUGACAGCUAUGUCAUAUUCGUUUUAUUAAAAUUUUGAAAAACAAAUAGCACCAUGUGAAAGUAAAGGUAGACAGCUUUCAUUUAAAUGGUCACAUCUUAGGAUUUUGUCCACAGACUCAAAAGUCAGAGACACCUUAAAAAAACUCCAUCAAAAACCCUUGCACCGUCGUAACUAUUGAAUGGUCCAGUUUAAUUUGUUAUUUAAGACAAUAUUUAGGCAUUGAAAAUGUUUCCUGUCGUCUGUUGCAACAGAUGUCAAGGAUGGACAUUGAUUAGAACUUGAAAAAGUUUGGCCAACUUUUUCAAGUUUUAAUGCUUUCAGUGCCUGCAACUGUAACCGAAAAAAAGUUGUGAAUAGUUGUUAAUGCUCCCAUCUCUGAUGAAAUAUGUUUGAUUUUUUUUACGGGUUAAGGCUCUUAGUAAUAACUACAGCACAUAAUUGAUCUAAAACUGCAACUCCUCGUAACAUAACCAGUUUAAAACCUUUAAUGAAGAUAAACCGAAAGCUUUGGUAUGGCUAAGUUUGAUCAAACUCGUUCAGUGAAGCUUACAAUUUGAUGUGCAUAAGUUUCUUCCUAUCACACUCUAUAUUGGAUGAAUUUAACUUCAGGGUGAUUGGUUCGUGGUUUACUACUAUGGUCGGUUAUUUUAAGGGAGAUUAGCCAGUGUCUAAACCACCAGUUCAUGUUAUUAGUCAUUUUCAGUCUGCUAAACGCUUUUGUCUAAACAGCAUCAUAUUAUCGUUAAAAGUUUCAUGAAAUCAUAAAGCGUGGACUAACCCUCCAAGGAAGAGAUCUUAAGGUCUUAAGAUUUCUAAAACCGUGGUUUUAGUGAGACUUCGUUUAAAUAACCGACCACUCAAGUUUAAAUUUGUUUUUGAAUACGGCAGGUUGUUAUUAAAAGAAUGGAUCCACUGUCAAGAAAUCGGUGCAUGGAAAAUUCCUCACUGGAUAACGCAAACAUAUACAAAAAGCCACUGCAAGCUAACUAUUCUUCUCUAGUAAGUUAGGUGAACUACACUUUUAAGACAUUCAAAGUAAAAAGAGUUUUAACUUAUUAUAAUACAAUGUCUCCGUUUCUGAUUGGCUCAAAUCCCUCGACUUAUCUUUUAUAACCAUAGCGUUGACCAUUGGAAGGUGUUUGCGAUAUUCGGUUAAAUUACGUCAAAACCAGGAUAUCGACAGAAAAGGGACGGCAACCGAGAAGCCCUGGAGACUAGGCUGGGUUCAAAGGUGGCUCCCGUUAAUGAAUUUAUAAUUCAAUUCAAGUAAUAAACUUGAACCCAUUGCAAAAUAUCCACUUGGAGUUGAGCCCGCAAUCAGUUGAGAACUAGUAACUUGUCAGUGUAGAACUUCAAAAAAACGCGUAACCUCGAUGGAUCGACCCUGAGCCCCCGAUUUGGCCAUGUGAUACAGGUCAGCAGAUACUAUUUUUCGACAGCUGUCAGUUGACCACAACAUAGAUGUGCAAGAUCAAGGUGUAGGCUACCACACCAGCUAAAAAGUGUGACAUUUUACAUUAGGUCCCUUACGGUGUGGACAGACGGGCGGGCGGACGGACUUACGGUCACGUGACUGCCAAACUUUCUCGGAUGGAUUGAUAAUCAAAUUUUCUUAGCUACUGGGUUAUGGAGCUUCGCUAAGGACAGGGAAAUAGAACUCCAAGGAUAACAAGGUUAACAACUGCUAACAUAACACAUUAACACCAUCAUAACGCCAUUAGUUGUACAGAAUCCCAGCUUGUCUGAAAUUUCUCAUUGUAUCAUGGGAAAUUGAUGUUCGCAUAUUUUAUAGCCUGGAUAGUAGGCGGCCCUCUGACUUAUGCCUUUUCUCCUCACCCCUCCCCCACGGUUUUCUCGUUUGACCUCUGUUUUGCUUUCACCCUGCUUUGUCUGUUUCUUCAUGAUGGCCACAAACGAAAAACACACGAAAAAAAACCUACAUAUUUUUGCAAGCAAGUAAUGUAUUUAUUUUUUUGGUUUUAGGCCUGCAAAGGAUCUUGCCUGGCCUACCACCAACUGCAAAAGUGUGGAUGUAUGCAUUACAGGUUCCCAAGACCCCCAGGUACAAAGGUGUGUGACGUACUCAACAAGACAGAAGGUAAGAUUUUCUGUUAUAUUACUACAUGCAGCCCGUUCCUGAUGAUCUUUUUUCAAUAGAUAUGAAAUUGAUGUUAUUUUUCAUGGUUUCUUAAAGACCUUUACCACCUAAGCUUCCAGACAUGGAAGCUGAUCGAGAAUGUGGUCCAAAAUGGUAAACCCGCCGAGUCCGGAACAUCCAUGCAACUGAAGCUAGCCAGCUUAUAAGAUAUUACUGAGCCUUUAGUCCAAGAUCCUGUUAUGGUGACACAAAAUGAUACUUUUAACCAUAUUGUCUUAAAGGGCAAUCUAUGCUAAGUAAAUCAGUCUUGCAUUAAAUUUUCCUCGAUGUAAACUUUAAUCGACGUUUCAGGAACCCGGCCGUGUAGUCACUCACUGUUACUCAACAAAACGUACUAUUGUGAUUUAGGGCUACACUAGUGCGCACCCAUGGACGAAAACACAUGAUCAACCAGUUUAUAAAAUAAACCCUGCGUCCGUACCCUUUUUUGAUGAGUGCGGAAUUUUAUAUUUGCAGCAAGAUGUGUCAGUAAAGUUCAGACAGAUUUUACAGACAACAACUUGAACUGCUCUGAAUCAUGUCCGCCACUCUGCAGGUAAUUUAGCAUUACAAAAAUCUUAACUCUUUCUAUGCCCCUGGGUAGAAUGACUUGGCCAUAAUGGCAAAAUGAGCGAUACAGGGAAAUACAUGGGCUCUAACUUAAUCCUUCGCUCUCGGACUGCAGAAGCACAUUUAUACCCUCGCCAUGUUACAAGACAUGACUGAGUUGAUUGUAAGCGCAUUAUAGAUGUAGCUUGUGACGAACUCCACAAAUUAACACUCAUUAAUUAAAAUCAAAAUUAGACAAAAAGAAUAAGUAAAAAAACUGUGACAUCAUUCAAAAUAGUUGCCAUGGCGCCCAUCUCUUGGAAUCGGUGUUAUGUUCUAGGUGGCCGGAAAACCUCACCCACUGCAAUGACCUCAUACGCCAGUUAUUACGACAUUAUAUCUCAUAUCCAUUGUACCCGAUUGUCAGCAAAAGAAGAAAGUGGUCAGCCGUUGAAAGGAAAAUUCGAGAACACCAUUACGAAGAUAGUGGCAUCAGCUCCCGAGUCCCAACUUUCGUCCAAGGGUUUUAUGCAGUUACUGACUAUCUCAUUUUUUUUAUUUGUUUCACUCAUAGUGAAAGCACUUUUAAACUGACCACAUCCUAUUCCAUUUGGCCCACUAAAAGUUAUGAGGUUCGUGUAUAUUGUUCAAAGAAUUUUCUAUAAGGGGCAAUGUCCUAGCUAGACUAUAGCGGACAUGCUUACUGCUAUUUUUGAUAUUGAUUAUCAUUCUGAUUGCAUAUUUAUUGUGUGUUUUAAUGUAAUGAAGGAUCAUGACUAUGAUGUCAGAUGGUAUCCGUGAUUAAGGUGUUAAUUAAUAAAAACGAUGUUAACGCAAUGUUGAGAAACAUGAUCUAAUGUAGCGGUAAUUUGAGCUUAUAUUUCUGUUCUCAAUUUACACGCCAGGAUAUUUACAAGAUAGCACUAAAGGAGAGGAAGAAGGAAGUAGAUGGUAGUGACGAUUUAAGGUAACUGUGUACAAUAUAUAUAUAUAUAGGAAGAGAAUGUGAUGAAGUAACACAAAGUAAAGUUGGUUUUCUGCAGAUUUGAAAUACCUACAUCAUUUUUUUGUUUCUCACAGAGACAAUGUACUAAAGUUGAACAUAUUUUUUGAAGAGCUUAAUUACGAAGUUAUUUCAGAGGAACCAUCGUAUAAGGUACUUAUAAUUUUUUACAAGUACUUUAAAUUCCUGAGAUAAACAUGCCACUAAAGAGGGUUAAAAGUUUGAGAAAGAAAACAGAAAAGUUUAAGUCUCGGUAGCGUGCAAUAAGUUGGGCAAAAUUUGGAAAUCUAGCCUGUGCAGGGAAUUAAAGGUUAGACUAUUCCUGACAACAGUAGAAAGUGUUUACCUUUACGGCAGCGAAACAUGGACUCUAACCAAAAGUGCGGAAAAGCAAAUUGAUGGUACCUUAUAAUAUACUAGAAUACUUCGCACAGCACUAAACAUCUCUUGGACCACAUUGCAAAUGAAGAUCCGUACGGUCACUUUCCAAAAGUUUGUAGCAAGAUCAAGGAAAGAAGAAUGAGAGUAGCUGGGCAUUGUGUUAGGCACGGCGAAGAGGAGGAGGCAUCGAAGCUUGUGUUGUGGCAGCCACAACACAGACAAACUAAGAGAGGAACGUACACGCUUGCUUGAAGACACCGGUUUCGACAGUAUCGGAGAACUCAGAACGCCAAUGUUAAACCAAUGUGUGACUGGAGAGGGAGAAUCCAACUGUUGUCCGAGCUGUCGCUCGGACCAAACUAACCUAUAUUCCUUCUCUAACGGCAACCUUCUUUUAGAAAAAAUGUUUCUUACAUAAUCGAUACUUAUUCUUUUCACAAGUGGUCAUGGGCGGAUUCUGAGGGAACGCGAACUUGAAGGGGUCGUCCCCCUGCCCACUUCCCCCCCUUUUGUCUCUAUUAUUGUUUGAUUUCUAAAGAAUUCUCUUAAAGUCUGUCUUCCGGAUACAAACACUCAUAGUUACUUAAUCAAGAAAUAUAUAUAUAGUAUCUAUGUCCAUAAAACUCGGUCCUCUCUUUCUGAUCCAUGGUAAGUAAACAAAAUAAGUAUAAAAAUCCAUCUUUGACAGAGAGAUGAAACACUGUUGCACACCCAAAAAAACAUCGCGAUAUGCUCUUUUACACACGAAACACCUACAGCCGCUUAAGAUACAAUUGUACCCCCCCUCCCGCCCCCGCCAACGAAUUGAAACAGACACAGUUAAAGCACCCCUUGUUCUUCUUCAGUUCCAAGUAGUCAAAAAUCUCAUCUUUUAACGCUAGGAGACAUGAACUCUGUUAACAUUUUUUCGUAUAAAUAACUGUUAUUACAAACGAUCUUUCUAUAGUCACACGCAGUGAUUAUUUUAUCAUAUUAUUUUAUUCUAUUUUACAGCUGGCAAAUUUUGUGUCUGAUCUUGGCGGAUCCCUGGGCUUUUGGAUAGGAAUGUCGGUUUUGUCGUUUGUAGAAAUUUUAGAGCUUCUGUUGCUCACAUGCUAUACUCUGGGAAAGAAAUUCAAGCAAAGAAUAACAAGUGGUGGAAAAGUUGAGGCGUUUACAGGAUAG